UUGGAUGUGGGCUUGGUUCUCUGGACCUUUAUGGGAAAGCCACCCCUUUCUCGCUUGUCUUAUUUGCCCUCACCUUCUUAUAAAUGAGUCACUGGUCACCUCCGUCUAACUCCCCCCCCUCCCCAAUCAUUUUUGAGUUUUCCUCUUCAUGCUUCUUUCUGGUCUCUUACCCUGUUUCUGCAUAGGAGAAGGGAAAAAGUUGCAGCGGAAGACAUGGACGAGUUGGGAUCCUUGUGGGGUUGCCAGGAGAACAUGGAGGAGUUGAAGCAAAAGAUCCUCUGCACUAGCCUGGAGCUCGAGGCAGUGAAGAUGGAAGCGAGCGAAGAAACGAAUAAGUAUAAGGAGAAUGUCAAGCACCUGCUCAACCUCCUGAAGACUGCUUACCAAGAAAGAGAUGAAGCCAGAGACCAGCUUCAGAAGCUGAUCAACAAGCUCGCCUCACAAAGCAUCAACGACAUAUCAUCCUUGUUCUCUCAACAAAAGCACCCUGAUGGCUUCCUUGUGCCGGUGAAAGCGAACUCGGGCAUAACUGAAUCUAGCAGCCUCUCUGAUACCUACAACAAUCACCAAUCGCAUGGCUCGUCCCCUGUGAAUUCCUUCAUGGAUGUGGUUUCUUCACCCGACUUGUCGAGCAUUAACGUGGUCGAUUCUGGUAACAUGGGCUUCAUCAAUCAGCCUUAUGUUCAGGAAUAUGGCGGUGCUAUGACUAGCGGUUCGAUAUCCUUGGUGAAUGCUAAAUUCGACCCAGCAUCUGUCAUUAUCGAUGACCUUGUCAAGGGAAAAGCCCUGCCUCAGAAGGGCAGGCUCCUGCAGGCCGUGAUGGAGGCUGGCCCUCUACUCCAGACGCUCCUUGUGGCGGGGCCGCUACCUCGGUGGCGGAACCCUCCUCCUCUCCAACCAUUCAAAAUCCCGCCAGUUACAAUGAAAGGCUGCAACCUGGCAAAUGCUUGUCUCAAACCUGCUGCAGGUCCUAACAACUACCUGGUGAAAACUAUGAACCAGUACCCGCAUCCUGAUGUCUCUCGCAUGUCGUCACAUAUGUGCUCGGCCUCGGUGCUGAACUUCGCUGGCGGGGCCGGCACGUAUCAGGGUCACGGUUGGCUAUUGCCUUCGGUCGGCGGUAUAGGUAAUCAGAUUCCAGCGGGUAAGAGGCAGAGGUUCCAAUGACAGGAGGCUUCCCCUUCUUUUGUUUAGGCAUAUUCUGGUAUGAGGUGUAAAUGCAUAUCUUUGGUUUUUUGGUCCCGGUGUGAAUGGCUUGUAGUUUCCUAACUAGUUAGUUUGUCCAUACGGAAGUGUCCUUUGUAUAUCAAAUCAAACUCUCAUGCAUCUGAUUCUGGCCGACAUAUUUAUGAAUUUAGACCAGAAAGCUGCACCGAUUUCUUGGUCCUUUGAUUCUACAAUGUUCGAACGAGCAGUUGUCGAGAUAAAACAGAUGAUGACGACUGGAUGUUGAAAUUUGCCAUUUCUUCUUA